UCUGUCAAAAUCUGGAGAUUUUUUUAUGGCUGACGAUUUGUUUUCCGUAUUUUAAUAAUUUGACUGCGAUCUUUAUGUUAAUUUCGCAUUGAUUUACGAAUUCAAAGGAUUCUGUUGCCGCGACAAUGCAUCUCGCACUUGUACGUAUCACGAGAAGCGAUUACUACUAACACAACCUUCUAUUCUUUACUACGUUUAUUCUUUUGGAAUUUUUAAAGGUUAGACCUCCAACACCAGCGCAAUGGAGGACAAAUAUCGGCAGAUGCAAGAUGAGAUGUCCAGGUUCGAAGCCGAAAUCUCUGGACGCGAAAUGGCUCUGGGAGCUCAGGCUAUGCGUCCAGUGAUAGGGGCCGGUACGUUCGGCGCCGUGCAGCAGCAGCUGGACCGGCAGACGCUGCCACCGCCGCCGCCGCCGCCGAUGCUGCCUCCCUUUGACAUGAGCUGUGGGUUGGCCCCGAGGAUGAUGUUCCCUGGCCUGCAGCCACCCCCGCCGCCUCCUAGCAUGAUGGUGCCUGCUUCGGUGCAAAGGCUCAGACCUCUAGAUGCCUCAGAUGCCUACGCAGGACCGAUGCAGCCAAUGCAGUUCAUGCGUCCGAACCUGCCGGGGCCUCAGCUGAUCCCUCCGCCUCCACCUAAACCCCAGCCGGUCAUACUAUCAGCGGCGCCCAAACUUUACAAACAGCCUAAGAAGAGUGAGGAAAAAAGGGAUAAAAGUCCAGAACAUAAGAAAAAGAAGAAAGAGGCACCCCCGCCGCCAGCUCCGAAGGUGGAGCCGCCGCCCCCCGCGCCUGCGCCCCCGCCGCCGCCCGCGCUCGCCGUCACCACCGUCACCGAGACCGUCACCGUGCCUAAAGCCAAGAAGGAGAAGAAGAAUAGAAAGGUGGUGAGAACAGCGGGCGGCCAGGUGUGGGAGGACGUGACGCUGCUGGACUGGCCCGACGAUGACUUCCGCAUGUUCUGCGGGGACCUGGGCAACGACGUCACUGACGAACUGUUGCAACGAACAUUCGGCAAAUACAGCUCUUUCCAGCGAGCAAAAGUAGUGAGGGACAAAAGAACUAAUAAGAGCAAAGGUUUCGGGUUCGUGAGCUUUAAAGAACCUUCGGACUUCAUCAAGGCUAUGAAGGAAAUGGAUGGUCGCUACGUAGGCAGCCGUCCCAUCAAGCUCAGGAAGAGUUCCUGGAAGAACCGAUCUCUGGACAUUGUGAGGAAGAAAGAGAAGGAGAAAGCUGCCCUUCUCUCUCUACUCAUGUCGGGAGGAAAGAGUUGACAAUAGAAACUUAAUAUAAGGACCUAGAGUUUAGUUACCGAAGCAUGCAAGUAAGUGAUUCGGUCGAUUCUUUUGUACCUAUUUGUGUUAAAAUUACCGGUUUAUGAUGUAUUUAUUUAGUCGUGAUUAAUUUUAAUGCAAAUGCAGUAGAGCCUAUGUAAAGAUAAACUAAAAGUCACAUGGAAAUGAAUAUACGAAAAUAUAAAAAAAACAUAU